UGCUACUGUUCAAGCGGGCAGUGAGUGUGUAAGCCAGGUGGUGGCGAAGCUGAGAUCGGCUGCUGCUGAAAGGAAAGUACCGUCAAUCUCGUGGAUCCACAGUAUGCGGCGGUGUUUGCUGGAGGUAACAUGGGGGUUGGAGGAGCGGCCGGCCCCCCACCUGGAUGCUAUUACAGGCUCUCCACGACUGGACGACUUGAUGCGGCACUACUACGACGAGCUUGAGGAGGGGCAACUUGAAGGUCUUUGCGCUAUGCUGGAGGACCGCUACAUGAUGACGAUGACGACACCACGGAAGACGCCAACAGCAUCAACCCCAACAUCGACUGCAAAGACAAUGACAAUCUCACCUGUUUCGCCGUCGAUCUCAACAACAACAACAACAACAACAAUGACAAAAGCAACAAGCAACGACAACGACAGCAACGACAACAACAACGUCAGCAACAACAUCGGCAACGCCGACAAAAAUAACAACAUCAACAACAACAACACCAACAAUAAUAAUAACGGCGACGACUGUGAUCUUCGUGAUGAUGGCGAUGACUUGCGCAUCCAAGUCGUUCAGGUCGUCGCCACCGAUAAUAACGACCAUUUUGCCGGCUGUGAUGUCAACAUUUACAACAGAGAUUCGGAUGGGAGUGGUCGCUGGGUGCAGCGGGCUCCUUCCACGACUUUUGUCACAUUCAGUGGAGGUUGGCCUUUUGGGGAGGGGAUCACUCUCGGCUUGUUCAUGAGCUGUUCGUGCCGGCGAGGUAGCAUUGCGCUCCUUCAGUGGGAUGCGGGUGGGAGGGUCGCAGGGUAGGGCAGCGGCCUCAUUUACCCAUCUGUGCUAUCUAGAGGGGGGCACUAUAAUUGGCAUAUCAUCU